UUUUUUUUACAAAUGCAUAGAAAGAAUGUAAAGUAUGCCAGGCUUCUCCGAUUUAUUGGAGAAAAAGAACAUAACGUAGGACUCCAAUCCAGAAAGUGGCGGUAGAGCGCCUAAAGUUAAGUGCCAGCUGCCAUAGAAGAAGAAGACGAAGAAGAAGAAGAAGAAGAAGAAGAAAAUGACCAUGAACAUGUCUCGCAGUGUUUUUUCCAGAGGUGUUUCUCUGUUUCAGCUCGGCAGGAAAGCGCCGCUGCUGUCCGCUCCUCGGUGUUACUCGCAGUCGGAACCGGAACCAGAACCGCUGACUCUGAAGCAGCAGAACCACGGAAUCAGGAGGAUCAUCUUAAACAACCCUAAGAAAAGGAACGCUCUGUCCUUAUCCAUGCUGGAAGCGCUCCGAGAGAACAUCCUGACCGGCGUUGACGGCGAAGAUCUGCGAGUCAUCAUCAUUUCAGCCAAAGGUCCGGUGUUCUCGUCAGGACACGACCUGAAGGAGCUGACGUCCGCCCGGGGCCGAGAGUACCACCAGAAGGUGUUCCAGACCUGCUCAGAGGUGAUGACUCUGAUACAGGACGUCCCGGUCCCAGUGAUCGCCAUGGUAGACGGCGUUGCCACCGCCGCCGGCUGCCAGCUGGUCGCCAGCUGUGACAUCGCCGUUGCCACGGAGAAGUCCACCUUUGCCACGCCGGGCGUCAACGUGGGUCUGUUCUGCUCCACGCCGGCGGUGGCCAUCGGCAGAGCGGUACCAAGAAAGCUUGCCAUGGAGAUGUUGCUGACAGGGACUCCCAUCUCAGCCCAUGAUGCUUUGCUGCACGGCCUGAUUAGUAAGGUGGUGCCAGAGGAGCGACUGGAGGAGGAGACGUUAGCCAUCGCCCAACGAGUGUGCCAGUCCAGCCGACCUGUUGUGGCCCUCGGCAAGGCUACUUUCCAAAGACAAAUGGCUCAAGGCAGAGAUGCAGCAUAUGCUACCGCCUCCAAGGUGAUGGUGGACAACCUGGCUCUCAGAGACGGGCAGGAGGGGAUCCGGGCCUUCCUGGAGAAACGCAAGCCUGUGUGGAGCCAUAAACCCGAAAAGGUCCACAACUGACCAACUCUAUUAUUGUGGAGUGAUUGGAUCAAAUCCUUUGUCACUAGCUGAACUAAACGGUGCUGCUAGUAAAGUAAAUUGGAAUAAUUUGCUGCAUGACAGAGAACUACGGUUGAAAUAAUUUCAGAAUUUUACCCAAAUGUUACCUCGGUUUGUUCAGACUAAGCUACAGAAUCACUGAGUGCCUUCAGAGCUGCAGGAACAACCCACUGUGGGUGAAUAUGCUGUAGGCUCAUCAUGUUCUUAAUCAUGCUCAUCCUGGUUUCUAAGUUUCCAGGGUUAGAGUUAUUUGAUUUAGGGAUAAAUUGAAAACAGCUAAAAUAUUAAAAAAGGUCUAGUCGCUGUAGAGUUCUGGUUAACUAUACCUUAGAUAUCUGUAAUAUAAUCUUCAGAAUAUUUCAUUUUUUGUUAUGAUGUUGAUGCAAAUUUACGGCAGCAGGUACCAAAAACUGCUUUGAUUUAAUCUGAAAUCUACUUUUGACACAGUUACACACCUUUUAAUUGAGUAAUUCUGCAGGAAAUUAUCCUGAAAAAAGAACAUCUGUUUCUUUAGAGAGUCUUUCUUGAUGCUGAGGGCUGAUGGCAGGAAGGAGCUCUAGAACUGUGUUACAGCGGAUUCCUCUUACUGAGGACACUGUCCUGGGAAGAAGAUGCUCGGGAUUCUCCGUUAUGGUUUUCAUUUUAUGAAACAUCCUUUGAGCUCUAGAGGUCUUAGAAUAGAAGCAGUCAACGGUAUAAUUUUUUAAAGCGUCAAAUGUUGCUGCAAACACUGAAGGACCUAAGGUUUGGUUCCUUGAGAAGUACAGUCUGCUCUGUCCCUUCUUGUAGACGGCAUCAUGGUAGCGUCUUCAGGCCAGUCUGUUGCAUUCUUCCAUUUCUUCCAUCAAGAAGGAUUUCAUGCUCCUCCUAAAAUCUACAUUAAUCUCCUUUGUUUGGUUCCUGUUAAAGACAAUUCUCCCAACACCAUGCCUUAAAGCGUUCUCCCUUUACUACUGAAUCUGAAUAUCCAACAUAAAACAUAUCUUGACCAAAGGAGGAACAAACAUUUCUUUAGCAAGUGUUUGAUGGGUCAAUAGUCAUUAUGUAUAUUUUCAACUUUGAGUAAAUUGGAGAAAACCCAUGAAUAGAUUGGAAGGACGUGUAAAACACUCAAAACAUAAACUGGAAGUUGUUUUGAUGAGUUUAUGAUGCCUAGACCAUUAUUCAGUCUUGAGCUUUUUCUUUUAUCUGAGCCACUAAUAUUAGAAUAAUACCAAAGGGUUAUGAUGGCUGUUGAGUGGUGUGAUGGUAAUCAGAGGCAUAAGCAGAACAAUAUUUGAUUUGACAGAUAUAACAUGCUUCUUCUUUAAAAAUGUUUAACAUAAUUGUAAUAUAUAUUUUUUUGAUACAACUGUUCAGAUUUGUAAAUUGCACUGUAAUCAGGAAUAAAAAUGUUGCAAAGAU